AUGCUGAGCCGCUGUGGUCGCCAGGCUUUGCGAUUGGUCCCGCGCACUGGAAGCUCUGCCAGAGCUGUCGCCAUCACUACUCAACUCCGACCGGCUGCUCCCUUGCGCGCCUCCAGCUCAAUCUCUCAGAGCCGGAGUGUGUCAUCCUCCAGUCGCGAUGGACAGCAACAUUUGCUCUCCGCACACCUCGAGGAGGAGGACCCCACAAUCUACAAUAUUCUCCAGAAGGAGAAAAACCGUCAAAAGCACUUCAUCAACCUGAUCCCUUCAGAGAACUUCACUUCACAAGCGGUUCUUGAUGCCCUCGGCAGUGUGAUGCAAAACAAGUACUCCGAAGGUUAUCCCGGUGCCAGAUACUACGGAGGAAAUGAGCACAUUGAUGCGUCAGAGAGGUUAUGUCAACAGCGUGCCUUGGAGACCUUCCGACUCAACCCAGAAGAAUGGGGCGUGAAUGUUCAACCACUCUCCGGUUCCCCCGCCAACUUGUAUGCCAUCUCCGCCCUUCUCAACACUCAUGACCGCCUGAUGGGCCUCGACUUGCCUCAUGGUGGUCACUUGUCACAUGGUUACCAAACUCCAACAAAGAAGAUCUCAUUCAUCUCGAAAUACUUUGAGACUCUUCCUUACCGGCUUGAUGAGUCCACUGGUCUCAUUGAUUAUGACGCUCUCGAGAAGCAGGCGCUGCUCUAUCGUCCCAAGCUCAUUAUUGCCGGUACUUCGGCCUAUAGCAGAUUGAUCGACUACCCUCGGAUGCGCCAGAUCGCAGACGCAGCUGGUGCAUACCUCCUCAGUGAUAUGGCUCAUAUCUCUGGUUUAGUUGCUGCCGAUGUACUUCCCUCGCCUUUCACUCACUCUGAUGUGGUGACAACGACUACUCACAAGUCCCUGCGUGGGCCCCGUGGUGCCAUGAUCUUCUACCGCAAGGGUGUCCGCCGGACGGACAAGAAGGGUAACCCGGAAAUGUAUGACUUGGAGAAUCCUAUCAAUGCCUCCGUCUUCCCGGGCCAUCAGGGUGGCCCUCAUAACCACACCAUUACCGCUCUAGCAGUUGCGCUGAAGCAGGCUCAGUCGACCGAGUUCAAGUCUUACCAGGAGACUGUCCUAGCCAAUGCUAAGGCAUUGGCUGACCGCCUUGGCAGCCCUCUCAACAACGGGGGUCUGGGUUACAACAUUGUGUCCGGUGGAACGGAUAAUCACCUGGUCCUCGUGGAUCUGAAGAACCGUGGGGUUGACGGAGCUCGUGUUGAACGUGUUCUAGAGCUCUGUGGCGUUGCUAGUAACAAGAACACCGUUCCGGGAGAUCGGUCCGCCUUGAAACCCGGUGGUCUCCGCUUGGGUACUCCUGCCAUGACUACUCGUGGCUUCCAGCCCGAGGACUUCCGUCGUGUGGCCGAUAUUGUUGACCGCGCGGUCAUCAUCACCCAAAAGCUGGACAAGGUUGCCAAGGAGAGCGCUGCGGCUAAGGGCGUUAAGAACCCGAACACCGUCAAGGCUUUCCUGGAAUAUGUUGGCGAGGGCGAGGAGAUUUCAGAGAUUGUGCUCCUGCGGCAGGAAGUCGAGGACUGGCCUCGGUAUCCGCUGUACAUAUACCCCAUCAAAUCCCUUCGGGAAGUAGCCGUUCCCGAGGCUGUCCUCACCAGUACCGGCUUUCAGUAUGACCGGUGUUUCAUGUUGCUCAAGGUCAACCAAAACGAUGAUGGUGUCGAAACCCUCCAGAACAUGCAUGUACCGCAUUUCCCCGAAAUGAGUUUGUUUCUAACAGACAUCGUAUUCCCAACUGAGGGUGAGAACAAUGGAAAGAUCAUCGUGACAUAUCGCCCACCAGGAGUGAAAGACAAUGGUAAUCCUCAGGUUAAAACUUUGGACAUACCAUUAAAGCCAGACGUGCAGGGGUUGGAAGAAUUGACAGUUACAAUGCAUCAAAGUCCGACAAAGGGUUAUCAUAUGGGCAGCAAAUAUAACGACUGGUUUAGCCAAUGUUUCGGGUACAAGGUGGUUCUUGUAUACUUGGGCCCACAUUUGAGGAGGGUCUUAGGAAGCUUCCCACCGGGGAAAAGUCAGGCACAUCGUGAACAAGUGACUCCACUUGUUUCUAAGCGUGUGCCACUUGGACAGAGAGACAUUACCUCGUUCAUUAUCUUUGUACUAAUGACUACAACUGUUGCUGUUCUCAUGGCUCUUGGUGCUAAUAGAUACGGAGCUGGAGGCGGUAAAACGAAGGAAGAAAGAAUCACGUUUGCCGAUACAGCACCGUAUCUUAUGAUAUCAGAAACUUCGGUAGACAACGUGUCUGCCCGCUUGGCUGGCGACGAGACGAUGGACCUGAGAAAAGCCCGGCCAAACAUUGUCAUUUCGGGUGCUAGAACCGCUUUCGAGGAGGAUUUCUGGGCGGAGCUGAUGGUGGGAGAAAAAAUCCGACUCCUGUUGACGGCGAAUUGUAUCCGAUGCCAGAGCCUCAACGUUGACUAUAUGACAGGGAAAAUGGGAACAGGAGACAGUGGCAGCAUUUUUAAGAAGCUGAUGAAAGACCGGAGGGUAGACAAGGGCGCAAGAUUCUCCCCUGUGUUUGGGAGGUAUGUGUUCCUAGACCGGGACUGCGAGAACGCCUCCAUCCGGGUCGGAGAAGAGGUGACUGUAUCCAGAAGGGUGGAGGAGCGGACAACAUAUGGCGCCCAUAUAUUCCCGCUCCCUGUUUGGGUGUCUCCAGCCCACCAAGGGAUUGGCACAAUGGAUACGACAAUCCUUCGUCGCAAAGAUACCACCAAGGGUCCUCCCUUGCGGAUCUUAUCAUUAGAUGGUGGCGGCGUCCGCGGCUACUCGAUGCUCAUCAUCCUCCAGGAACUUAUGUAUCGCGUUUAUGUCGAAUGCGAAGGCAAGGCUCCUCGUCGCGAUGAAAUCCCCAAACCCUGCGAUCACUUUGAUCUCAUUGUCGGCACCGGCACCGGCGGCUUGAUAGCUCUCAUGCUGGGCCGUUUACGGCUCGAUCUCGAAACCUGCAAAGAAGUCUAUGUGCGCAUGACCCGUCGCGUUUUCGAAACGGAUAAGACCUUCGCUGGAAUUCCUUUUCGGUCAACCCUGUUCAAAGCCUCGAGAUUGGAGGAUGCUAUUCGUGAAUGUGUGCGUGAGCACACCGUUUUCGAGGCGGAGGGAAAUGACAUGGCGCCCGGCGCUCGCACAUCUUUUGCCCACACGCCAUUCAGCCCCAACUCGAUCCCCCAGCGCUCCGGUAGCCGUGCCAGUUUCAGCACCGUUGGUUCGCAUUCCUCCAAUCCCAGUCAGCGGGAUUCGACAUUCAUCAAUGGUCUACGCUGGGGUAAUCCAAAUGCGUUGUUGUACGACAAUCGGGAGUAUCGCACCAAAACGGCGGUCACAGCAUUGUAUAAGGGCACUACGCGCAACGGAUCCGCUGUAUUCUUACGAUCUUACGACUCCCGAAAGGAACCCCCUCCGGAGUUCAACUGUACGAUCUGGCAAGCUGGUCGGGCAACGUCAGCCACUGGGCUUGCUUUUAAACCAAUUCAGAUUGGACAACAUGUCUUCAUUGACGAAGGUGCCGGCACCUAUAACCCUGCACCGCAGGUCCUGGACGAAGCGACAGUCAACGAGUGGCCCGGUCGCGAAGUUGGAGUAUUUAUAAGCGUUGGUACAGGUAAACGUCCGCCGGGUACGAAUAAUCGACAGCAUGAAUGGUGGGAGGACUUCUUUGGCGAUGCGCUGGGUACAUUUGCAGAGGCGCGCCGUCGGCUGAUCUCUAAGAUCGAAGGGUGUGAAGAUAUCCACAAAGAUAUGCUCCGGGAGCAUUUGGCCAAGCGUAACGUGGUUAAGGAUAACUACUACCGGCUGAAUGUCGAAGUCGGUGUGGGGGAGUUUGGUAUGAACGAAUGGAACCGACUGGCGGACAUCAGCACCAACACUCGUCGCUACCUCACCAGGCCUGAAGUGAAGAAGCAAAUUCUUGAUGCUGGCGUCAAGUUUGCUAAAAUUGAGCGCAUGCACCGUCGGGCGGCAGCGCAUGCGGCAGCUGGGAAUGAUAUGUCCAAUUUCCAGGAUGACAGUUCUAUAACUCAGAGUCCAAGGCUGUCUGUGGUGCCGCCUCCAAUCCCAGAUGCGGUGGAAUUGCCCGCUGAGCUGCCGGGCGAUUUUACCUUGCUGUCACCAGCAGGGCCGCCCCCACUACCGAUGAACGACGAUGUACUCCCAACUCAUCCAAUGCCGCAGGAUGCAGGUUCACAAACACCAGCGCGGGGUUCAGUCAGUGACCUGAGCGACAUCAGCCGACCUAGCUCACAACAGCACGGGUCUCCGCGACGAAGUACCGAUCAUGUGCAUAAUGGCAUGCCGCCACCAGUACCUCCAAAGACCCCAAUUCCGUACCCCAGCGAGUUGGGAGGAAUUCCAAUGCCUACCCCAUUGGUAACCACGGCGGGUCCUCUGGGACACGGUUCGAAUGGGAAGAUUCGGCCGCCCUAUCCAGUGGAUGAGCAUCCACCUGUGGUCAACAAGCAGCGAAAACCAAGUUACCACGUGCGAUAA